AUGAACAGUUAUCUUCGCGAUGACAGUGUCCCCCUCAAUGUCUCAUUCGGGAAUUUGCUUCAGCGACGUUCGCUUCGAUUUAUGGACACAGGACCUCACCAUCGCAUUCUUCGCCGAGCUAUGCCUGACUGGGUACAUUAUGAGUCCUCGUCACACUCUUUGGUGGGAACAGCACCCCCAAAUCCCCAACAAGUAUCAGUAAACCUUAUCGCGGCAAAUCCCGUACCUCAGACCUCGAUUCCCAAUAUUUCAAGAUCGUUUGAGCUUAUUGUGAAAAAUUCAACAAAGACCAAUACAACUCAAAGCUCAGGCUCGGGCGGUUUGACGGGGGCUGACAAGGGUGCUAUUGCUGGUUCUAUCUUGGGUGCGGCUUUCUUAGCCCUUCUGGCGUCAUUGCUAUUUUGCUGUCUCAAGCGUCACAGGUCAUCAAAUCAGACGCAAGCUAUGUCUGAUGUGGAAAACCAGGGCGAAGAUGUUACUUCACUGGAGAACAAGCCGUUGGAUUCCACAGAAGGCGUUCAACCCUCCACAAAUACGCCAACCUUCGACGGUGCGACUGGUGCGGGUCUGGCCGGCGUUGGUGCAGCAGGUGAUGCGGUCUCAGGCCGGACGACUGACCUCUCAGGACAGGCCGCCACGGGUACCUUCAAGAAAGCCGCCGCUUCUGCAAAUAACUCUGCGGCAGCAUCGUCCAGUAAACAGCCAUACCAAAGCGAAAGGAAAGAUGAUGCGGCUAAUUUGAACGACAAGGCUGCAAGUCAAGAUGGCGUCACACAAAUCUUGCCUGUGGAUGAGCCAGAAUGGCGGCGCGAUAAUGACCAGGUUGUUUUGACGCCCUUCCUAUCACAAUCGGCAUGGCAACCUCCUCUAUGGACGCAAAUGACUUCUUCGAUGCAAGAGGGUAGGGGAAAUGCUCGUCCAGGUGCAGGGAGUCCAUUUGCGACUUUCUCGACGAUGUCCCCCCAUUCAGAAGAUGCACACUAUACCAUGGCGCAUGACCAUGUGGAUGAACCACAAGCUUCCAAGAAUGUGACCGAGGCACCUUUUAAACCAUCGUCUGACAUUAAGGCUUUAAUCAAAGCGCCCGUAUCCCAGACGAGUGAGGAAUCGAAACCGCGUCAUACUACGGUGCCACCGGAAACCGAGACCCUAGCGUCGUCACUACAACCCCGCUCAACCGUGCAUCGCACUGCGAAGAGUGUUCCACCGACUACGGUUACUGAGGCAGAGCCUGAGGAAAAGGUCACGGAGUUCUCAAAAUGGAAGGAUGUACCUAAAAAUCCUACACCAGCCGAGCCUCCGGUGAUUGCAGGUGAGACUUCACGUUCCCGAGAUGCGAGCCUUCCCAAGCCUGCAUCGUUCCUUGCUGGUUUUGUGGAUCGCUCGCGCACAUCGUAUGGCCCUCAUAAAAUGUCCGAAAUGUCCAAGCCUGCGCUUAAUGGACCUAUCGGAGAGAAGCUAAAUCGUCCUGAACAGAAGGAUAAUGACGGAGGUGAUACAGCUGACCUUCCUGCAUCAGUCAGCAAGAGCUCCAAGGCAAGUUGGGAAGAUAACCUGUGGUACGAGCCUGUAUCGAAACAGGAUGGCACUUCCGUACCCCCACAAGGAUUCCAUGAGAAUGAGCCAAAAUUGCAGCAGCGUAUUCCAACAGAUCGCGCUACCUUUCUAUCAGCAUUUUCCAUGUCCAAAAAUGCAGCUUCUCGCCCAAAUUCGCUUGGAUCCGACAUGCGUGCAGAAACUCCCUUGGGCGAUAGUAUGUGGUCGGUCCAACUCAAUGAGGAUCAAGAAAUGCCUAGUCGGACAGCCAUGCCGUCAAUCAUCUCUAAGACGAGCGCAAGGGUAGAUGAACCCAAGCUUCAGACGGGAAAUGAUGUGACUCUGGACAGUGCGCCUCAGUUGGACCCUAUCGCUGCAAACACUGAUACUUCUCCCUUGGUACCAGGUAUCGGAGACCCACCUACUAUUUCGACACGCGUCGAACCUGGCUUAAUGUCGCCCAUGAAUGAGUUUGUGGCCCCACCUACACAGCCUAUGGAUGUGAAGCGCACUCGAAAAGUCGCAUCCUAUACACCCAAACUAGAGAGUGUACCUGCGCUUCAGAAAUCAAGCAGUAUUCAUGUGGAGCCCAAGAGCUACCACGAUAUGUUUGAGGAUGCCGAAGAACCAGUGGUUGACCCUUUUGCCGGUGAAGAAUACCCUUACGGUACUGUAUUGUACCAGCAGCAUCAUCAAGAUGCUGUCACCGGUGAUGUCAAAGAGUCUGAUAUGGAGACUCUGGAAGACUUUCGCACAACAGAAGGAGGGCUAGCUACUGUUAUGCAUCUCACGGAGGAAAGUGAUGGCCGGAGCCAAGCGCCAGCUCUUUUGCCUCGGUCUGGAACCAUGGCCUCGAUCCAACUGGCUGAAGCGAGAUCUGUUAAUUUCACAACGGCUAAGCCACCUCGUCUGCAGCUGGCAAGCUGCCAUCCCGGCCAAGUUAUAUCAUUACCGCUCAUGACUUCCGAUGCAUCGCUUCCGCGCCACUUAGCUGAAGCUAUUGAGAAUGCUAGCAUGCCUGCAAGGUAUACACCACAACUCUAUGCUCCAUCUCGACCAGAUCUUCACCAGCAGUGGCCAGGAUGGCUCCAUUGGCUGGUCUGGGACUCGGAGAAUCAUGAGUUAGCUGGUCUUGUUCCCCCAAAUUUCGCUGAGUCACAUCGACUUCCGAUGCAACUUCCAAUACAUAUUCUGUUGGAAAACAGCGAACAGAUCUUCAGUGAAGACUCGGGGCAUACAAAGCAUGGAGAAAAUCCGAUGCCCCCAUUGUUGGCACGGAUUCUGUUGACGAUUUUGCCUGCUGUGCCAUCGGCAGAGAAUCAGGUGUAG